AUGGGGCAGCCCACAGCACAGAUACGGGGCAGCCCCACAACCUGCUAUGGGGCAGCCCCUGGCCCCUCUAUGGGGCAGCCCUGCAUUGCUAGAUCCGCACAGCCUAUGGGGCAGCCCCCUAACUCCGCUAUGGGGCAGCCCCCCAUUGCUAAAUACACACAGCCUAUGGGGCAGCCCCCUAACUCCGCUAUGGGGCAGCCCCCCAUUGCUAGAUCCGCACAGCCUAUGGGGCAGCCCCCUAACUCCGCUAUGGGGCAGCCCCCCAUUGCUAGAUACGCACAGCCUAUGGGGCAGCCCCCUAACUCCGCUAUGGGGCAGCCCCCCAUUGCUAGAUCCGCACAGCCUAUGGGGCAGCCCCCUAACUCCGCUAUGGGGCAGCCCCCCAUUGCUAGAUCCGCACAGCCUAUGGGGCAGCCCCCUAACUCCGCUAUGGGGCAGCCCCCCAUUGCUAGAUACGCACAGCCUAUGGGGCAGCCCCCUAACUCCGCUAUGGGGCAGCCCCCCAUUGCUAGAUCCGCACAGCCUAUGGGGCAGCCCCCCAACCCCUCUAUGGGGCAGCCCCCCAUUGCUAGAUACGCACAGCCUAUGGGGCAGCCCCCCAACCCCUCUAUGGGGCAGCCCCCUAACUCCGCUAUGGGGCAGCCCCCCAUUGCUAGAUACGCACAGCCUAUGGGGCAGCCCCCUCUAGAUAGGAGCAGCCUAUAG